AAUUAUUCUCCAUUCUCCAACCUCAGUUUGGGAUUCGGCUUCAAGAAUUAGGAAUAUUACGUGAUUUUAAAAAUAUUUAUACACUAUUUGUCCAAAAACAGUUAAUUUUAAUAUUAUUCUCAUUAAAAGUGUUAUCGUUAGUGUAGGCCUUAUUAUAAUUUACGCCCUGAGUUAUUGGUGUGCCCUGUGGUUAUUGCUACUGGUUUCCACUUUCUAGUAAUUGUGGACAGGAUACACACACACAGAAUGUUGGAUGGAGGUAUAGUUCAUCCCCAGCCUGGGGUGAUCCACCAAGUGCCAUAUGGCAUGGUGGCUGGUCCUGAUGGUGAACAUGCUCCUCAUGGACAAAGGCGCCGCUAUCCGGCUAGACCCAAACCUCCCAAUAAUAUAGAAAGGUUGCCUCUUGACGAAGCUGCUAAAAGGGAAAUGGAGUCCCUUCCUCUAAAGACUCCAGUGUCAGUCCUACAGGAACUACUAGCUCGGCGUGGAACAAUGCCUAAAUAUGAAUUAGUGCAGAUUGAGGGAAUGAUCCAUGAGCCAACAUUUAGAUACAGGGUCACUGUUGCUGAUGUUGUUGCAAUGGGCACAGGAAGGUCAAAGAAGGAAGCGAAGCACUCAGCAGCUAAGGCUUUGCUGGAUAAGCUCACUGGAGCCGCACCAGCAGACCAGCCCCCCAAUGGAACUAUACCCGAGCCUACCAAUGUGGUGACUUCAUUUGAGGACAAAUUGAUGGGCAAUCCAGUUGGCUGGCUGAGGAGUUGUGCAUGUCAAGGUUCUGGCCGCCACCCUCCUACCACGCGGAGAAUGAUGAUAAUAUUAAUAGACACACUCAAAUGGUUUGCUUUGCAGUAA